AUGAUGGCGAUCGUCCCUACGCUGCCCGGCUCCGGCUCUUCUGCCUCGGGUGCUGGCGGUGGCGGAGGAAGAAGCAGCAGCAACAACGGGGGCAGUACAGGCUCUGCAGGCGACCGCGCUGCAUCAGGAGCCAAGUCCGCAGCUGUCGGAGGAAGCAAGAGCGCGGGGAAGAGCUUGGCGAGAGGCGCCUCGGGCGCAAAUUCCCUGGCAUCCGGAAGCUCUCGGGCCUCUCCUGCUAUUGGCUCCUCCGCAGGACAUCCUGGCAGCUCCUCCGGGUCCAGCAAGCACAAAACCGCCCAUACCAACGCUUGCCACGGCAACUCGAUAAACACCCCCCUCCCACCGCCGCCUCUCAGCUCCAUGGUCAGCGCGGCAUUGGAUCUCAAAUCCGUUGAGCGUCGCGGACAGCCCACGGCCAGCCGAGAACCAGGCAGAAGAAAGAACAGACCGCAUGAGCUUGAAGAGGCGCCGACCUAUCGUCCAACCGAAGAGGAAUGGAAGGACCCUAUGGAGUAUAUGCGCAAGAUUACCCCCGAAGCACGCAGCUAUGGGUUGUGCAAAAUCAUCCCACCUGACUCUUGGAAUCCGCCAUUCGCCAUUGAUACACAGAGGUUCCAUUUUCAGACGCGCAAGCAAGAACUGAAUUGUGUCGAAGGCAGCACACGCAUGAACCUCAGCUAUCUUGAAGGGCUCUUUAAAUACCACAAGAACAUGGGCAAUAAUCUGACUCGUUUGCCGUACGUGGACAAGAAGCCCCUCGAUCUCUAUCAGCUAAAAAAGGCUGUCGAUUCCCGAGGUGGCUUUGACAUGGUCUGCAAGCUCAAAAAAUGGGCCGAGAUUGGACGCGAUCUCGGAUACAGCGGAAAAAUCAUGUCAUCUCUCUCGACAUCGUUGAAAAACUCGUACCAGAAAUGGCUUUGUCCCUAUGAGGACUAUCUCCGUAAGGCCAAACCGGGCGUGCACCAGCAGCUGGAGAUGGAGAACGGCGGUCCGUUCGUUCCAAGUCCUGGGGCAAGUCCCUUGAAGCGGUCGACUGUCAACACGCCGUCAAGUGCACGCGGUGAUUCACCUGUGCGCCAAGCAAGCGACGCGUUCCAAGUGUCAUUAUCUAGAAACACGGACGGAAGCGAUUGCGAUACUCCGGCAACUUCAGAGAGCACUCCUCCUGCCUCAGCCUCGGGAGGAUUCACGUCCUUGAAUGCGGCUAGUCGUAACGGCAGUCCUUUCACACCGACAAAGAAUCCGGCCGAUCAACGUGUUGCACCAACACAUCCGCUCAAGCGACAGUUGAGUAACGGCACUCCGGGCUCACCCGGGAAGGAAGAGCUCGGCGAGGAAGACGAAGAAGGCAAUGGCCGGCGAAGCAAGCGGCUCAAGAAAGAGUUGCUGGUUCCCAUAUGUCGCUGCUUCGUCCUCCCCAACCGCGAAUACCUCGAGAUGAUAAGAGCGAUCCGCGAGAAGUGUCUUGUCGGCGAUGGCCAAUUUGGCUUUGAGGAUGGCGGCAUAUAUUCUCUUAAGCAGUUCCAGGAAAAGGCCUCGGAGUUCAAGCAAAACUACUUCCAGAAGAACAUGCCGUACGACUCGGCAAACAACUGUCAUCGCCCGGUAACGGAGGACGAUGUCGAGCGGGAAUUCUGGCGCCUUGUGUCUAGCAUCGAUGAGACUGUGGAAGUGGAAUACGGCGCCGAUAUACACUGCACCACGCACGGCUCCGGCUUCCCGACCAUCGAGAAGAACCCCGACGACCCAUAUUCGACUGAUCCUUGGAAUCUCAACCUCCUUCCCCUGCAUCCCGAAAGCCUGUUCCGGUACAUCAAAACCGACAUCUCGGGCAUGACAGUACCCUGGGUCUAUGUCGGCAUGAUAUUCUCUACCUUUUGCUGGCACAACGAAGACCACUACGCGUACUCGGCCAACUAUCAGCACUUUGGGGCGACCAAGACCUGGUACGGCAUUCCCGGCGAAGACGCUGAGAAGUUUGAGGCUGCUAUGAAGGAGGCCGUGCCGGAUCUUUUCGAGACCCAGCCGGACUUGCUGUUUCAGCUUGUCACGUUGCUUCCCCCAGAAAAGCUGAAAAAAGCUGGCGUCCGUGUCUAUGCCGUAGACCAACGUGCAGGACAAUUUGUCGUGACAUUCCCUCAAGCGUAUCACGCAGGCUUCAAUCACGGCUUCAAUUUCAACGAGGCCGUCAAUUUUGCUCCAAGUGAUUGGGAACCAUAUGGCCUCGCCGGGGUAGAGAGACUCCAGCAAUUCCGCCGUCAACCAUGCUUUUCUCACGAUGAGCUUCUCUGGACUGCUGCCGAGGAAGUGACUAGUGCUAGCACUGGACCGCUAACAAUCCAAACCGCAAAAUGGCUAGCACCAGCGUUUGAGCGAUUAUACAAUCGAGAAGUGACAUCUCGAAAUAUCUUCAUGUCUAGGCAUCAGGAGAUGGCACACCGCUGUCCCCUGGCCGAAAAUGAGAACAGUGCAAAAACGGAGAGCCUUGCGACAAACUGCCCACUGGAGUCUGUGGUCGAUGAUGCCAAGGUUGCUGAAGAGGAAUACCAGUGUUCCCACUGUAAAGCCUUUACAUACCUAUCUCGGUUCAAGUGCGUGAAGACGGGCAAAGUCCUCUGCUUGCAGCAUGCCGGCUUCCAUCAUUGCUGCCAGGCGCGAGAGACCAGCCGGUUUUUCGGAGAGGCCCAUAUCCUGACCUAUCGGAAGUCUCUGGACGAGAUGUCGGCUAUCUACAAGAAGGUUUCCGAAAAAUCCCAGCAGCCUCAAGCCUGGGAGGACAAGUACGAAAAGCUGCUGGAUGAGGAUGCAACACCCUCAUUGAAGACUUUGCGGGCACUGCUUAACGAGGGAGAGCGCAUUCCGUACGAGCUGGCUUCAUUGCCAAUGCUGCGAGAAUUUGUCGAUCGGUGCAACAAAUGGGUCGAGGAAGCCACAACAUAUAUUGUGCGCAAGCAGCAGAAUCGCCGCAAGAACGAGAAAACCUGGCCAGGUGGUUCCCGCAAGUCAAUAAGCGGCAGUAGCGCCGAGGUGGACGACAAAGAACGGGAUUCUCGCAACAUCUCGAACAUCUACCGUCUGCUUAGCGAAGCAUCCCAGAUUGGGUUUGACUGCCCCGAGAUUCUGCUCCUGCAACAGCGAGCCGACGCGAUCAAGAUCUUCCAAGAAGACGCACACCGGGCGUUGUCACACGCUUCCUCCCAGACUGUGGACACGAUCGAAAAGCUCCUGGAUGAGGGUCAUAGUUUUAACGUGGAUGUGCUCGAAGUCGAAAAUCUAACAAGAUUUCUCGAUGAGCUGAAAUGGACGCAAAAAGCAGAGACAAGCCGCGGCGUUUACAUGACAUUGGAAGACGUCCUGAAGCUUGUUGAAGAAGGCCAGCGACUCGAGAUAUCGCCCUACAACGACCUCAUGACGUACUUUGACGAACGCGCCGUCGCAGGAAAGCAGUGGGAAAGAACGGCUAAAGAACUUCUCGGCGCCGAGUCGGUGCACUACGUGCAGCUGGAAGCUCUAUCGAAGCAAGCAACAAGCGGGACAAUACCGGUGUCUGAGGCAACGCUAGUAGCAAUCGACCAGAUGCUCCACAAGCUUCGAGACGCGCAGCGGCAGAUCACAGACCUGAACACGCGAUCGCACGACUCAGAAUACCGUAACCGGCCGCGAUAUUCAGAAGUUGUAAGUCUCAUGACCAAGAUCGAGGAGCUUCAGGCCAAACCCGGAGGGACCUUGGAUCUGGAGAAAGAGCAGAAGCGCAACGAAGAUUGGAUCCGCAAAGGAAAGCGAGUCUUUGGCAAGACAAAUGCGCCUCUGUAUAUCUUCAAGUCGCACUUGGAGUAUGUGCUCGACCGGAACAACGACUGUUUCGACACGGUUUACGACAAGCCUCGUACGCCGACAGAACCGGCGUCGCGGGAGCCCAGUCCGGACUCGACGUCGCCGCAGAAGAAGAACUCUCGGAGCCGGACCGUGUAUUGCAUUUGCCGCCGUGUUGAAGCCGGCAUGAUGAUAGAAUGUGAGGUGUGCCACGAAUGGUACCACGGGAAAUGUCUGAAGAUUGCACGGGGUAAAGUCAAGGAAGACGACAAGUACACUUGUCCGAUAUGUGACUGGCGGCUCAAAAUCCCGCGCGAUGCAGCUCGACCGGAUCUGGCCUCGUUGAUCAGCCUAUUCAACGACAUUCCUAAUCUUCCUUUCCAACCGGAGGAGGAGCAGAUUCUCGAGGACAUCAUACAGGGUGCGAUGGAAUUCCACGACAAGAUCGAGCCGUAUCUGGAUCCAGCUCGAGAGUCGGAGAUCGACGUGGACAUAUUGCGGUACUACCUGCGGAAGAUUGAGGGUGCCGAGAUACUCCUGACCCACGAGACCAACUUCUUCCGGCAGGCACUCCACAAACGCGUGCCCAUUGCGCUAGAAGCACCGCCGAUGAUUGAAGAGUCGAAGAGCACGCGCAAGCCGCGGCCGACAAAGCUGCAAAAGAUGAUGGCGCAAUUCCAGGUGGAUGACCCGGAAGAUCUGCCAGAACGAGUCAGGUUGCGAGCAAACAGCACACGCCGCAGGAUGCUGAACGCGGCAGAUACGACCACAACAGCCUUCCGGGCGUCUGGACCGAUUGGCCCAUUGGCUCUCGGCAGUCCUUCCCAGUCGCAAGAACAAAACUCGUCUCUGGCGACACUGCGGCGCAACAACGCAACGACGUCGUCCCCAAGCCAUGCAGCUGCGGCUGCUUUUGACAGCCACUCGCACGGACGCGUAUUGAGCAGUGCCUCCAAUGGAGACCGACGAACAGGACCUUUCCCGAUGCAGCUCGACAGAGGAUACGGCACGCACUCGAAGGCUGAUAGCAGCAUCAGCGGGCCUCCGACAUCAGAGCAGUCUGGCGAGAUAUCAAGGCUUCUAUCUUCACACGAGGACUCGGUGUUGAAGGAGCGGCUUUUGCGGGGUGACUUUGGUACGGCGGACAUCAAGGCGCUGCCGGAAAAGGAUAAGGAAUCGGUUUUUGAACUUCUGCUGCGGAAUGCAGAAGGCUCUCGGCGAGCACGAGAGUUAUUUGGCCGAGGUGAAGAUGGACGGUCAGGAGCAGACGACGAUAGCGCGGACCGUAUGGAUGUGGACAAGGCAGAGCAAGAGACGUUCGGCACUGGUGACGACAAAAAGGGGGGCAUCGGAAAAGCAGAAAGUGUGGCCAAGGCGGUGGCGGCGAAUCUAUCGGCUGGAUUUGCGGAGAAAGAGAGUGAGGCUGGGGGUAAGUGA